AUGCGCUUCUUAUAUUUGUUUGUCUACAUUUUUACAAUUUUUUUAGAUAUUGCAUAUGCCACUAUAACUCCUUUAUCUAUUAGAAACCUCGAAACAGUCAAUGGAAGAUAAAGCUUUUAUGAGUUUAAAUUUAAUUAUGGUUAAAGCAUAGUAAAUGCAAUAGGAGGAGUUAGAAUAACAUUUCCUCCUGAAAUACCAGUGUCAUUAUUUUAAAAUGCUUACUAAUUUUAAUGCUUUUACCAAGUCUCAUAUCCUCAAAAUAAAAUAGUCCCUUGCAACUACAAUAUUGAUAGAGAAGUCUACAUUUAGAUUGGAAAUAUUAACUCUGGCCCAUAAAGUAUAACCAUUGGCUAUAUCAUAAAUCCCUCAACAGUAAAAGGGACAGCUUAAUUUAAAUUAUGUAUGGUUUAUAAUGAUUAUCCUCAAGAUUGUGAAGAUAAUUUUGGCACAGUCAACUUUAGUUCAUCACCAACAAUAAUGAGAAGUGCAAGUUUAAAUCAAAUUUCAUCAAUUAUUGUGUCCUAAGGAAGUUCAUGGCUGUUUGAUAUGAAUUUAACAGGAACCUACUAGAGCUCACAAUUUGAUAUUAGGGUCACAUUCCCUAGCGGUUUUAAAACUCUAAAUGCAGGAUGUGAAAUAAUUGGUAUUUAAUAAGUUCCAAAAUCAUAUAUCCUCUAUAAUUAAAGAUAAGUAGAAUGCAAAAAUGUGCAAAAGCAAUUCUAAGGGACAUAGUAAAUUAGAAUUAUUAACAUGGUGAACCCUGUAAAUUAAAUACCUUUGAUUGGGUUUACAGUUUAAAUUCUUUAGUCAACAACUUCGUAAAUAUUAGAAGAGAUAGUCUUUUCUACUCCUUACCAAAUACAGACUGGAGUUUUUUAAGCUUCUUAUAGCAGCGAUAAUUAAUUCAAAUAUUCAAAUACCACUUACUACUUUUAUUUGACUCCCUAGUCACUAGUUAAUUAAGAUACUUACAUUGAAAUUAAAUUUGGCUUAGGUUGGGUUUUAUACUCUUAAAACUGUACUGUUAUUAGAGGCUUAUAUUAAAUCUAAAAUGAGACAAUAAAUUGCUCAGCAGAUGUUUAUUAGAAUAGGUAUUUGAUCAGCAACUACAAUAGCACCACUUAUCAGAACUAAAUACUAGUUGAGAUUCCUAUUUAAUCCCCUCAAUAAUAAGGAACAUAUGUUGUUAAUGUAAAUUUAUACACACUAUAAAAUCAAAUAAUUGAUAAAGGUCAAGUAAACAUAAACAUAAAUUCAACAUUUGGAUCUUUAAAAGAAUACAGAGUGCAUCCAUUACAAUAACAAAUUAAAUUAAAAGCAGGCUAAAUUGGACCUUUUGAAUUUACUUUCUUCCUCAAAACCCUUUUACCAAGGACAAACUAUAGAUCUAAAGGAAAAAUUGUCCUAUCAAUUACACCACAAAUAGCUAAUACUAUUCCAAUACCACCUAGUGAAGGUAUUUUGAAAUGUCUUUUUUUCUAAAAUGUGAUAUCUGCUAAUUGUUAAAUUUCAAACAUUAAUACCGGAUCAGCUUAAUAUACAGAAAUUAUAAUAUUUACACCAGAAGAUUUUGAUUACAAAGAGAGUGAAAUUCCUGUCACUAUAACUACACAAGGUGCUAAAAAUGGAAGACCAGAUGGACUUUACAUAAGCCCUUUAGUGUAGAGAUACCUAUUAAACUUCCUUACAUACUAUUAAUAUUUACCUAAUCCUAUGACUCCACUUCCCGUAGAAGGAUAUUUUCAAGAAUGGAUCCCAGAUCCAUUUGAGUUUCAAAAUAUUAGCUUUGAUUUGACAACCACUAAUUCAAAAGAAACAACCCAUUUAAUAUUUACUAUUGAUAAAUUUCCUCAGGAUUACUUGUAAUGGAGUUCUUUAACUGGUAGAUAAUAUAUCUGGAAAAUAACUUUUGUGAAUGACGCUCCAGGAUCUGUACUACAAUGGACUUUUAGUAAUGCUGUAUAUGGAAAUUAAAAAGUAGUUUAAAUUCCAUGCUUAAUUUAUAAAACCAAAGUUACUGUUAAUUAAUAUACUUUGACUUGUAACCUUGUUAGAUAUGCCAACCAAAAUCCUUUCAUAGAAGUCGUACAAGUUGAUACCACACUUCUUAACAACUCGCCUACCACACAAAAUUUUGUUAUAGAAAUACCUAAUAUCUAGAUUGGUGAUAUUGGUACAGCAACUAACGUUUUUUAAUCUUAUAUAAGAUUUUCUUUAGCUGAAAAAACACCUGGAAUGAUUAGUAAUUAUGUAGAAGUUUAUUACAAAUAAUUUUCAUUUACUAUCAAACCUCCUUACUAAAAUGGCUAUCUGUAAUAAAAUAUUGGUUUGACAUCAAAUAAUUUUUAUGUAAAUUAAAAUACUGAUUUGACAUUCUAAUGGACAACUGCAAGUGGGUAUCUUAACUAUAUUAUAUAUGAGUUUGAUCAGUCAGAUCAAUCUUGUUUUAAUGUUGGGGCAUCUGGUUUUGUAGCAAAUCCUAAUUAAAGAAAGUUUGCUUAAAAUGCAAAUUAUUACUUGGUAUAAUAUGAUCCUACAAUAUUUAAUAAUUAUCUUGUUAGAGAUGUCAUUUAAUAGAUAAAAAAUUGUUACUAUUCAAGACCCUAUCCAAAUUUUUUUCAAUUCAAAGUUAGAUCAUUCUUUAAUCACCAAGUUUAUGAUAAAUAUAUUUUCUUUUAUUACGUAAGUCCAGCUGAUAUAGUUGUAACUCAACCAAGUUUUAAUUUUGGAUUAAGGCCUAAUAAUGAUCCAAAUGUUGCAUAAAAUAUUAAUGAUGUUAUUAGAAUUAAUGAAUAACAUCAGUUUUUUGUUGAAUUUAAACCAACUACUGAUUUAAUGAUACCUUCAAUAAUAAAAAUAAAUAUACAAAAUUCAAAUUAUAAAUUUGUACAACCUGAUCCUAAUACUGCUUUUUACUGUAAAGUUUAGGGUUUAACAAAUAGCGUUUUUGGUUAAUCUGUUUAAUGUUCUAUGAUUGAUAGCUAGAAUAUUUAAAUUUCUAAUUUCGAUUAAGUAAUUGCCUCAACCACUGUUAUAAAAGUAGACUUUAGAUUACUAAUUUUAUCUGUAGCAACUUAGCCCUAAAUUUAAAUAGAUACUCUAUACGUUUAUUCUAGCUCACUAUAAUAUCUUGUUGACAAAUCUUAUUCUUAAAAUCCUACAACAGGGUUUUAAGUGGUGUUAAAUAACGCAUAUAACACAUUAAACACAUUUUAAAUAGCUGAUAAGCAGUAUAGAUAUGAAAAAAGACCUCCUAAUUUCGUUGGGUCUAUUUAUUUCUAAUUUGAUUUACUUAAUCUUCCGACCCCUAUAGCUUUGUCCUCAAUAAAUAUUUAGUUCCCAGUUUAGUUUACUUUUUAGAGAUCUGGUGCUACCUGUGGCUAACCAUUAAAAUGCUUAUUAAAUUAAAAACGCUUUUUUUGCACAUGCAUCUAAAAUGCUAAUGGAAUUUUAGUCACUAUUUAAAUGAAUUACAUAAAUUCAUUUACAAAUUAGCCAAUAAAUGAGAUGAUUAUUGACACUGAAUUUGUUUCUCCAACCGAAGGUUUUAAGCAUCCAUAAACUCCAGGUUUUUAUGGAUUCGACAUAACAAUUACUGAUUAAAGUUCUAAUGUUAUAUCAGGAACAAGAUAUAUUAAAAUAAAAGGUUAAAAGGCAUAAUUAUUUAAUGUUAAACACAUAAUUAGAGACGCUUAAUAAAACAAUUUAUACUAAUUUACAUUUUAACUUAAUUCAAUAACCUAAGUUCCUUAGUUUUCAUCAGGAGGAAGAAUAUAAUUUGAGUUGCCGACAAUAGACAAUAAAGGAAACCCAAUGUUUGACUAGUAGCUUGGAAAUAAUUACAAUACUGGAGACUACUUAGGAUGUAUAAUUAAAUCUACUCCUUCUAUUCCAGCUAUAGACUAAAAUACUUUAUGUAGAUUCUAAAAGAGCGAAAUGAGCCCUAAUUCUGCUAUAAUCGAAUUAGUUUCUUUCCCAUAAAUACCAGUCAAUACAUAGUUAGAUGUUUAUGUGGCUAAAAUUUAAAAUCCAAUUUUCAAAAAUGAUGUCGCUAAUCAAAUUAUGGAUUCAAAUAUUAUUUUAAGUAUUUAUGAUUUAACAAAUCCUACAGGAGGAGAUCUGUAUUAUGAUUACUUUAAUAUCUUAUUGGACUUAAGAUCUGAUAAUACUCAAACAACAUAUAAUCAUGAUUUAACUUCACAAACAAAUUUAGGAUCAAGGAUGCCAUGGGGAAUAGGAUAAAAUCCAACUUUGAAUUCUUUGACAGGAUCCUUAUAUGUUGAUAUAAUAGGUUAAAACAAUUUUUCUAAUAAUGAUUACUAUAUUGUCUAAAUUCCAAAUUCAGGAAAAGAUACAUUUUAGAUAAGUGGAGUAACUUGCUCAUAACCUACUCUUUACACAUGUUUCGCAUACCCAUAAAUAAAUUGGGUUAUUGUUUAGUUUAUUACUUCCUCUUCAGUUUCAUAUACCACUUUACAACCAAUUUAAAUAAAAAUUGCUAAAUUACCAGAGAGUGUUUCUAGAGUAGAUAUUACCUUUAAUGCAUGGAUUUGGAGUGGAUACUUAUAUAAAGUUUUAGUAAAUCACUAUUUAUAUGCUAAAUAAUAUAAAUAAUUAAUGGGAUAGAUGCAAGGUGGUACAAUCACUAUUUUAGGUUCUCCAAAUAAAAAUAUUAGUAAUAGGCCUUUUGUUCCUAUAAGAGUAACAUUAGGAUUAUAAAAUAGAGUUCCUUCAUAUGGGGCUAUUCAAAUUAUAUUUAAUUCUUAAAAUGUUAAUCUUCAUGCCCAUUGUAGAAGUUCUUUAACCUUUAACCCUUCUUCUUUAUUACUUUCUUCUGAGACUUAAGCUUCAAUCAAGAGCGGAAGUUUGGGCUGUUAAGUCUAAUCAGGCGUCUAUUAAAGACCUAAUACUGGCGACCAAUACGGAGAUUAUACAGCUUCACCGAAUAGUAAUGGAUAGUAUACUUCCUGGGUUAUAACAGGAUUUUAAGAAAUUCCUGCUGCUGUUUUGCCUAUUUAUACUUCGAUAUCUAUAGAAGGAUUCAUAGAUUUUUUGGAUAAAACAUCUACAGAUAAUUUUUAGGCAUAUACUUAUGGAACAUCUAUAGAUAACCCAAUAAUUAAUACUGGCCGUUUUAUUGAUUCUUACAACAUGUAAUUUACGAUUACAAACUCUCUAUCUUCUUUGUAAGCAUAUAAAACAUUUAAUGCAGAUAAAUAUGAUUUUUUACAUGUAGAAGUCAAGCCUCUAAGAGCUGGUUUAAGAACUCCCUUCAAGAUGGUAUUUAGCUUGACAAACACUGCUAUUGUCACAUCUUACACAGGAAGAAUUAGACUAAGAUUUUCUACUGCUAACUAACUGCAAGACUAAACUGUUUCAAUCGGAACACCGUUUAUUAAAUUAACUGAAUAGUAUGCAUGCUCAAUUUAUUUACUUAAAGACAUAUAAAAGGAUCAAUAUAUUGGUUGCACUAUCAUUUCUUCAAAAGAGAUUAAUCCUAGUACUAUUAUUCCAAGAGCUGUUGAAUUUGUGAUGGAGGUUAAUACAGAUUUAAAUACAGGAAAUAAUUAUUUAUUCGAAUUUACCACAGCAUAGCCUUUAUUAGAUAGUUUUAAUAACCUUGUUUAUGGUAUUGUCUUUCCCAGCCCUGCCUUUACAUACAAAAUUGAGUUAAGUAUGUGCCAAAAUUGUAAUUCACUCACUACUGGGUUCUCAAUGUGGUAGCAGCAUUACUAUUAAGUUUAUGGUCCUUCUUUUGUGACUGAAUUUAUUAGUUUUAAUACAAGACCAAGUGAAUGGAAUAUAUUUACUGUUUCGUUUUAAACCGCAUCUAAUGUUGAUUAAACUUAAUAUAGGCUUGUAAUAGAACUUCCAACUGCUAGCUUAAAAACUGGUAGUUAUCUAUUUUAAAACGAUCUUGGUUAAACAACUCUAAAUAAUCUUGAUGCAUUCCCAUGUGAUUUAUUGCUACCUAGUACAUCUUAAAGUAUUAACUGCGUGUUAAUAAAAGGAGAUUAAGCCUCCCUCUAACCAGCUAAAAUACUUGUUUCUUUUAAUAAUUAAAUAACAGCAUCCAAUAUUGUCUAAAUAGCUUUUUAAAUAGUUAAUCCUUCAAUAAAUACACCUACUAUGUUAGCAUCUUACUUUAUUCCUGUUUAAGUAUAUCUGGAAAAUGUAGCAACUUCAAGCAAAGAUUACUGGGAUAUAAUUGAAAGUAGUUUUUAUAUCAGCAACAAUAACCCAGCUAUUGCAGCUACAAAUACUAACGUUCAAUAUGUUAGCAAUACAGCUUAUUGUGAUUCAUUAUAAGAUAUACAAGUAUAAUUUUAAGAUUUAGCUCAACCACUGCAGUAUUCAAGUAGAGAUGCUUAUUUGAUUUAAGUAUAACCCACUCUAACUCUGUAGGAUGACUAAAAUUAUCACAAAUUCCCAGCUAUAUUUACACCAAGCUUAAACCCGACUUUUAUUGCUUUCCUAGUUAAUUGUAAAGGUAUAAUUAUCUAUCCAGCUUAAAGUGAAGAUAUUGUAUCAACAAAAACUGUGUAAACAACGCCUACUUUAAUACACAUCCCUCCAACUUCAGACCCAAGCACCGCAAGUUUAAUUCUAGUGGGAUAUGCAUGCUAUGUAAAAAAUAGGUACACUUAGAAAUUUACUUUUAAUAAGCUUUACCCAUAAACUGUACCAGCUGUUUUUCCAUACACAAUACCUCUACCACCAAAAUAUUCCUUAAACUUUAACUUAGACUUUGAUAUAUAAGCUAGAGAUGUUUAUACUUCAUAAAAACUUUACGUAUCCACAGAUAGACAAAACUAUAUUUUUACAGUUACAUUUGAUUAAUGGUAAAAUAUAGCAAGAGUUGGUCUAUUUAUUAGUUUAUAAAACUGGAAAACUGAUUUUGUAAAUGGUCCUACAUCUAUUUGUUAAGAGGAAAAAGGUUCAUAAAUUUUUGUAAAAUCUUGUAUCUUAGCUCCUCUACCAUUAACUUAUUCAGCUUAAUAUGCAUUGCUGUUUGUAGAUAUAUUUACACCUUAGACUAAUCCAGGAUCUUAAUAGCUUAUUUUUUCUACCAGUUACGAUUCAUUUUAACCAAUCUAAAGUUCUAGAAAUGAUAUUAGUGGUUUAACUCCAGUAGAUAAUUCAGAUGGUGAUUAAUUAGAUCUUGCACAUUUUUAAAUGCCCUUGGCCAUACAAAAAUAAUAUUUUACAGUGAAACUUUAUGGCUUAAAUGUUGUAAAUCCCCCAAUAUUUAAUUCUAUAACAGGAUAUGGGUAAGAUUAUGUAUGUUACUAUUCAUAAUUUCCACCUCCUGGCGCCCUUACUACUCUUGAAAAUUUAGCUCCAAGUUAGAUAUAAUUAAUUAGUAAAGGGUAGAUGACUGUAGCAUAUAUCACCCCCCCAACUCCACCUCCAAUUAUUACUACUUACUAAUUGUAUAUAAGUUCUUAUUUACAUAAUUAAAGCAUAAGAUCGUGGCUUCCAUUUCAUAGGUAUAUUGAUGAAUUUGUUGGAUGUACUAAUACUGAUCAAUCUCCAAUCUAGUUUGAAGUUUAAUUACCUAAUGGAAUAAACAUACCAACUCCUACAAUUAGAAAUUUCAACAAAAUUAUAAUAAAUUAUGGGCCUUAAAUUCAAAUCCCAACUUCCUCAAAAUAAACGGAUUUGAUUAUAAAUAAAUUGAUUUGUUACGUAAAUAAUGAAAGAGUUAAUUGUAUUAAUAACCAAGCAUCAAAUACUAUCACUUUAUAUUUCACAAAAGGCUAUACUAAUCUAAGUUUCUUAUUUAUUUAAGUAACAACAGGUAAUGAUAUGGAUAUAACAAGCCAAGGUGUGAUGUAUACUGGUACCUCAACUUAUUUUCGUUGGGAAUAUACUGUAUAAGAUUAUUUAAACAACUAAUUAUUUAGCGGUAAGACUAAUUAUUUUCCUAUUAAACUUCUUCCUAUCGCACCUAGUUGCCCUUAUAAACUAAUUCUUAAGUUUUAAGUUUCACUUCAUAAUAUCAUAGUUAGACCAAAUUACUAUAAUUGCUUAGUUAUUAUGAAUGUGUUAGUAUCCUUAAAUCCUAAUUUGAUAAAUUUUGUUAGUGGAUUUAGAAUUAUGAUUAGAAAUAGGGAUUAUUCAUAAAAUAAUUAUGAUGAUGAUAUAGUAUUUUUAAAUAUUUAAAAUGGCGGUAACUAUCCGUGUUACAGAAAAGCAGGAAAGAGUGUUAACUGUAUAUUGGAAAAAGAUAAAACGAAUGAAUUUACAAUUAUACAUGUUUUUAACCUUUAACAAGUCUAAAGUUAGGAACUUAUACAAAUUUUAUUAAAUUAAUUUAAAAGUGUUUCAUCUCCAGAUAAGCUUCCAGAAAUUUAUGUACAAGCUAUGGGAGGAUAAAUGUCCUUCUCAGCACCUACAGGAAAAGAUUUUUUAGGAGAUUUGUCUUAUCUUAGAAUGAGUCACAGCACUUGUAAUUGCGGUACUUCUUCAGGUUGUAGAAGUGGAGAUUUAAGUUCUGCAAAUUAAGGAACCUUUCCAUAAUUAGAUGUAGAUGGGAGUUAAAUAUAAAGUGGAUGUGGCUAAUCCGCACCGAUUAAAACAUCUCAAGUAGGAUAUGUUCUAAGAAUGAGCUAUAGUGACAGAUUAGAUCAUAGCUAGUACUAUCUGUUUAAUUCUGUAUGCUAACAAGGCACAUUUGGUAGUGUUAUUCUAGAAGUUUUGUUAAGAGAUGCAGGUGAAUAAUAUGACAUGUGCACUUUUACGCCAUAGUAAACCUUUAGUCAAAGCUGGGGAGAUUGUAAUGAUUUAUCUAGUGAAUUUAAAUGCAAUAUUUCAUAAUUCGUAAGAGAAGAAGGAGAAGGAAGUACAUAUUUUAAAAAAUUGUAUUUAUAUAUAGAAUUUCAAUCUCUUCUUACUCCAGAUUAUACAACUGUUAAAUAUUUAAGAUUACCAGUUGGAAAGUUUUAGUGUAGAUAAACAGGAUAAACUCCUAAUUCAAGGUAUAGAUUUUAGGCUCAUUGGGCUUGCGGUCAUCCAGUUUUUGCCACAGCUAAUUAUAGUUUUAGAUAAGAUUUAGUGAGUUAUUUACCUUGCUAUGAUUCUACUAUUAGUGCUACAGAUCCUGGUUGUAUAGCUAGUGUUGCAGGAAAAACAUUUAAUACUCUUUAUAAUUUUAACACUUAUAGUGUUGCAUCUGGGUCUUUAGGAUACUUAACAAGAGAUUCAAGGCUCAGAGAGGAAGGUCUUUUAAAUGGGACAAUUAACAUUAACUUAAAAAAUAUACUAGAUACUAAAAAUAUCAAAACGUUAUUUGGUUAUUAAAUAGCAAUUUCUAUUUCAGCUUAGAAUAAUAUUGGCAUUUAAGCAUUUUGUUAAAUUUAAAGUGGAGUAGUUUAUUUUGUAGAUAAUUUUUCUGAUUUAUAUGAUUAUUUAAGAUUGUAAAUUAAAUUUUAUAAUUAAAAUACUGGAGGCUAAUCAAUCGAUAUAAAAGUUUACUUAUUCCAGUAUCAUGUUGAUCCUAAUAAUUUUAGCUUAGAUGCCUAAUUUUCAAUACUGAAUUAAGAACCUAUUUGUUUUAUUUACACUUCAAUAGGUAGUUAGUCAAUUGAUAUAUUUUCAUUAACAUCAUAAAAUCCAAAUUAUUCAAGAAAUACUUACACUAAUACUUACAUGAAAGUAGUAGGUAAUACAGUUACUUUUGAUUUAAACUUACCUGGAUAAAGUUUUCCAUCAGCAGCUCCUAAUUUUUAAACAACUUAUAACUGUGAACUCGAAUUUGAAGGAUUCGAUUUUCCUACUACAGGUACCUUCUCAGCAACUUUUGUGAAUGCUCCUGCUUGCUCAUUAUCAAUCGAUUAAUCUUUAGGGACUUAAACUUUAAAAAUAAAUUUUUCUAUAGUUCAUCCGAAUCUUUGUGCAUAAUAAGUUUCAGGUCUUUAUGCAUCAGGUUAAACUACUCUUGUUUUAUAGAUAGGAAACAUAUAACCAAAUAAUUUAACAAGAAAAAGAUCCUUUAAUUCAUUUCUUUUUAUAUACAGAAUUGAUGCUUGCUAAAUUCAUUUUAAUUGUAAUUACGAUACGUAUUAUUAUAAUAUGUACCAUUAUAAUACUUUUUAUAGUAAUUCCAUGAUUAGUAAUCAGUAGUCAUACGGUUUGAUAGGUAAUGUUUAAAUAAAAUCUUUGACUUAAUCCUAAAAUACUGUAAAUGAGUUAGAAAUAGUUUUAAGUAGCUUAAAUUAUAAUAUUGAUAGAACCCAUAACACAGUUUUAGUAUUAGAACCAACAAACCGUUAAAAUGGUAGUUCUCCUCCUCCUAUAUGGCCUCCAGUAGAUAGUAUACUCUACUAUAAUUAGGAUCCUAUAAAUUGUAAGUGCUAUUACUAUGAUGCAAGUAGUAAUGAGUUUGAAUAUACCAAAUAUAUGUGUAUCCGUAUAAUAGAGAGUGGAUCUUACUAUUUUUCUAUUCAUAUUUAUAUAUAUGAUUAAUAAACACCUAAUGAAUAGAACAUCUCAUCAUUUCACUGCUUUAUACCAGAAUAUUAGAACAGUGCUACAUCAGAUGCAUUUAUUAUUAAACUUAUAGAACCAGGUUAGUAUUAUCAAUUAGCUACUACAUCUUAUCAAGCCAUGGCUUUUCAAUUUUAAACCAUUACAUUUUAGACACUAACACCAUAAACUCCAUCAUUUAAGGUAUCUCCUCCUAACUUUUUUAGCGCUUCAUCAACUUAUGUUACUAACAGUUUAGUAGAUUAAUAUAACAUAGAUAUUAUAACUAGCUAAAUUUUUAAUAACCCUUACAUUUACUUAAGGCAUAGUUAAUUAGGGCCUGCUAUAGACUCAACUUUAUGCACUUAAACCGGAUCUUACUAUACAAGUAAACCAAGUUCAAUUAGAGCAUAUACAACACAUAGUUAUGUGAUAGUUUGUUAAAGCAGUUUAACAAAUUAAAACGAGUUUAUCCUAUAAAGUUAAACAGAAAAAGUAAGUGCUAGUAUUCCGUUUUAGUAUUACACGUCUAUACCUACUUUAAUAUAUAGCUUUUAUAUAAUUAAUUCAUAAACAUCUAAAACUGAUUAAAUUUUGAAUAAUUUAACAAAAUCUACAUCUGCUAUCUAAUUAUAUUAACCUGUUAAUAUGGUAGUACAAGUUUAUAAUUUAGUUGAUACUGUAGGUUAUGGAACAUUAAAGCUUCACUCUUUGAAAUUUGAAUUAAAUUAAGGCUUUACUUAAUUUGAUAGAAGAUUUAACUCAAAGAUUAUAAUCACUAAUAAUUCUACAAAUUAAUUUGGAACGCAUUGCUAUGCUUAAUCUAUGGAAAGCACAUACCCUGAGAACAGUGUUUCAGGUAGUAAUCCAACAACGCUAACAGUUCAUAUUUGUAGAGUUAGCCAAGAUUUAAAAAAUGUGAUUGUAGAAGAUGAAAACUAUCAAAAUUUGUAUUAAUAGCCAUUUUAAGGAUAUUAAUUUGCUAAUAAUAGGAAAUUUUAUAUAUAUUUCUCUGUCAAUAUACCUUAAAAUCAAGUUCCAAUUACUUAUACAAUGAGAUAUUUUACCAAGUAUAAUAUUAAUGCAGGUAAUGAUUAUUCUUAUGAAUCAGCACGUGGUUCUAGCACAGUUACUUAUACAAACUGUAAUCCCGCUUGCAUAACUCAAGGCUACCAUAGAACAUUCUCUUUCAAUGUUAAAAGAUUUAUAUAAAACUAAUUUGUUUAUAGAUUUUACCUCUCACAAGAUCCUGCAAGUAUGUCUAGCUUCAUUUUCGAUUGGAGUUAAAACUGGGUUCUUUAUAAUACUUAGUCAUUGCCAUAUAGUUACAUUCCAAUUAUCAGAGUAUAUGGAGUUAAUGGUUGUAGUAGAAACUAUAGAGAAAGAUACUAUAAUCCAUAGUCAGCUGGUAAUACAUACAUCAUUUGGUAAUCUGAUUUUUUUGAAUUAGGUAAUGACAGCUACGAAUAUCAAGAAUAUUAUAUAAGAUUUACUGAUCCUACAAAUUUUGGUAUUUAAAAAACUUCUGCUAAUCUCUAAGUCCCUUUCUCUUCUAUGAUUGUUUAAGGAAGAGUUUUAAAGGGAUCUGUUUAUAAUACGGUCAUUUUCUUUGAUUAGAAUAAGAAUUACUUUGAUACUUCUUCUUCUUAACAAUCUCAAGAACUAAAAUUGGAUAAACUUUAUUACACAAACACUUUUGCUGGCUAAAGAACUUCUGUUUUCUUUAGAUUUUUAACAACUAUAAAUUAAGUAGGUACUCCUUAACCAUCUUAUCCAGCAACAUAUUUUGAGUUUAUCUUUCCACAAUUAUAAGUUACAAACUUUGCUACUGAUUAGUAUAAUAUUGUCAAUUGUUAAGUGUUUGUCAAUGAUUUAUUAGUAAAUAGCAUUACUCCAAGAAAUUUACCUCCUAGAUGCAGAGUAUUUUAAGUAGAAUAUUAAAAGAUGUUAGUUACAGUUUUAAGAGUAGAAGAUGUGAAUUUUAAUUCAAUAAUGAAUUCUGUAUCGUUUGCCUUUGACAUUACCUUACCCAAUCCUUCAUACUAAUAUCUUGGAAUUGAUGUUAUCUUUGAUUUAUAUCUUGCUCUUCAGACAUCUCCAGUUUCAUCUAAUUAUGCAUCAAACCAGUAUAAUUAUCAAAAGUUUCAUUUAAAAAUCCAAGAAAUGAUUUUAAUCGAUAAUAUUAACCUUCCAUAAUCCACAGCACCUGCUCCAACUGUAAUUACUCAAACUAUUUCAGACACUACUAUAGGAUAAAUUGGUGUAAGUAAUAUUUGGGGCCUAACUUGGAAUUUUGCAACUACAGGAUAUGAUCAAAACAAUAGCCCAGGAUAAAAAGUUGAAGUUAGAUUCUGGAAUGGCGGAAUAGUUUAAGCUUAAAAUAAUUAUGUUGACUCCCUUCUAGUUUAUUUUAAUAAUGUUCUUUAAUCUCCAAUGUGGUUCAGUAGACCUGAUUAUGUUCUAUUUUAUUCUGCCCCUAAUUUGCCAAAUGGUCAACCUUUGUAAAUAACAAUCAAAGGAAAUAAUUUAUGGGCAAACUAAAAAUAUUAUUACUAACCUUCUCUUAAUUUACCUGUUCCUACUCCUAGUAUUUAAUUAAUAGCAUAUACAGGAUUACCAGUUACUAUGGAUGGAAAUAUGCCUAGAUAAAAUUACAUCUAUACCUUAAAUGAAUAACCUUUUUCAUCCUACACUUACAGAAAUUUAGAAUUUUCUCUCAUUCAAAUUUAAGGUGAUUAAUCAGCAGAUGCUUAACUUGUCAGUGGACAAAGAGUAACCUUAAUAAUUUAAUUAAAAAAUAACUUAUAGUUAAACGAUAUAAAGAUUCGUAAAGUUUGGUAAAUCUAAAUUUAAUUUACAGCAGGUGUAAGCUUAAUAGAACGAUGCUUCUUUAAAACCCCCAACAAUAAUGUAGCUGACAUAUAUUAAAUAUGCUAAGUAGUUAAUAAUGGCGGAAUAUAUUCAGUAAACUACAGAGGUCAGCUAUUCUAUAAUACUAAUUUUUUGAAUUAUAUUGUUUAUGUAUAAGCAAUAAUAAAUGCUGGAACAAUAUAAUAUACAAUAAAUGAGAUAACAUAAACUCCAUUUUCUAGUAAGAUUGCUGAAAUUAAUUAUCCAAUAGAAGGAUAAUUACCCAAUCAGUCAUAUAUCAUGACUGCUUAUCAGCCAAGUUCAAAUCUAAUCUAACUAGAUUUUAUUCAAGGAAAGCACUUCCCUCUUUAUUAUGAGAUUUACUAAGUUAGAUAAUUUGCAAACAGAUAAUCAACCAUCAGUAAAUUAAGAUUCAGAAUAAAAUUGCAAUUAGCAGUUUCAUAAGGUGCUUCAAAUUUCGUAAAAAUCACCAUUCCUUCUUCUAUUUUACCAACAAACGCUUAUAAUCCAGUUGAUCCUACAAAUGAACUCUACUGUGUCUUUUAUGAAGAAAUGUCACCUUUAGUUUACUAUGAUGUCCAUAAAUUAAGUAUAUGCACAUACACUAGUGGAAUAUUAACUUUUUAAAUUCCUGAUACUACACUAGUUUCAACAUAUUACAUUUUAGAAAUAAAAGAAAGAUAUUCUCCUAAAUAUUUUAUAAUGCCUAGUAUGUUUACAUUUAAUGAAUUCUAAUUGUAAUUAUCAUCGGUUUCUACUAGUUAGUAAUUCUAUGACACAAGUUAUCAAUCUUGCCCAUAAACAUUUGCAACAUUCAAAAUAUUUCAUUUUACUACAACAUAAAAUAAUUAUGAUAUGCUCAGACUUAAUUUUGUUCCAGAAACUACUUUACAGUAAACUAAUCUUCUUGCAGCUACUCCUUAUGAGUCAUUUUUACUUGUUGAGUUAGAAAGCUAAUAUUUCUAAAUUGAUGUUGGUCUACUAAACCCAUCUGGAGUGUAUUAAAACGAUAAUCUUCCUCCUUUUUAUAAUGGUAAAAGCCUUUCUUGCGUACUUUAAGUAACUUUAAGUGGAACGACUUAAAAUUAUGAUUGUACUAUCACUGUAAUGUUUGGAUCUUAAGUGCCAACAUCUUUAGAACAAUCUAGGAUUUAAUUUGUUUUGUCUGAUUUCAGUAAUUUUAAUUAAUUUACAGCUGGAACAACUUAUGAUUUAUAUAUACCAAUGAUUUAAAUGCCAAAUAUUCCUUUUACUAGCAUCUAAGUCAGAUUAUCAUUUAUGUAAGUAUAAAAUCAACAAUAUAUUACUCAAGAGACAUCUUAUUGGAUUAAUUAUGCUUAUGUUUAAACUGAUACUAGCACAAUAACACCAUUCAAAGUCAGUUUAACAAAUAAUUAAGUUUAGCAAGCAUCUUCUACUUUUAAUUUUAAUUUUGACUCAAAUAUGAGCAUAAAUUAAAGUAAUAAUAAUAUUUUACUGAAAUGGAAUAAUAAUUUCUUUGGUAUAAGUGGUAACGAUAUUAAAAAUAUUGGAACAAGUAACUGUAAAUAUAUCAUGUUUAAAAAUUUAAAUUUGUUAUUCGUCACAAGCUAUCCUGCCCCAAUCCCAUAAAUUAUAAUACCACCAACCCCUAUGGUUCCUGCUUUUUGCAAUAUUAACAGCUUUAAUACUCUUAAUUAUGUUUAGCCUUAUGGAUUUUCUUUUGUAUAUAUCAAUAAUGUACCAACUGCUUAGACUAUCUAUACUGCUUCUACCUCAAGUACUUUUAAAAAUUUAGAUCCUCUUAAUGACAACACAGCUACACUAGUUUGGAUUUCUGGUUUUGUAAGUUAGUUUAGUGUUUCUAGAUUUGUAUUAAAUUUAAAAACCCCUCAGCAAGUUCCAUAAGGUAGUAAAAUAGUAAUAAAUCUACAAACUAACUUUGCUUAAUUUGAAGAAAAAUGCACUAUUUUAAGUGGUUUAACUCCAAUCGGCACAAUUACUUCAAAUAUUUAGUUUAACUAAGGGUCUCUUGAAUGCUAAAGGUCUUCAUAAAAGCAAUACACAGUAAGUGGGUUUUCAGCGAUUAGCACAUAAACAAAUGUUUAAAUAGAAUUAUUUAUUCAAACAACAAGCUCGGCUUCUGUAUAACCACAAAUUUCAGCAACCAUAUUUGCAUAAUAUUUAAACCAGUACUAUCCCAUUAUAAACUACAAUUAAAUCUAAUCAUCCAAGACUCAUGUUGGAUUAGGAAUGCAACAACUUGCUCUUCUUGAUAAAAUAGCUAUUUUUUCUUAUUCUAAUAGUUGGUUGAGGAUGUCAUACUUAUUGAAUACAAGAAAUAUGUAAUUACCUAGAAAUUAAAAUAAGCAAAUAACACUGUAAUUACCUCCUUUAGCAAGUGCUUAUGAUCUAUGCUAAGAUCCCACUGCUAUUUUGUAUUCCAAAUAUUUACAUUCUUCAACAUACGAAUAUCAAUUAAAUGCUCAAAAUUUCAUGGAGGCUUAAAGCUCAGUGCAGCCUGCACCCCCAUCAAAGAGCUUUGUUUCAUAACUGAAUUAUAUCCCUAACUUACUCCCAGAUAUUUAAACCUUCUAUGAUAUAAAUGCUAACCAAGAUACAGUCAUGAUAAUAGAUUCAAAUACUGUUUCUCCUCUUUAAGCUCACCCAACACUGAACUAUUAAAUAGAAAGAAAAGCUGUCUUUAUUCCAUAACCAAACUAUUAUGUUUUUCAUUUAACAACAUUUGACAAUGUUAAUUUAUAUGAAGAAAAAUACUAUGAAGUUUAUGCAAAACCUAGAGAAGAUUUAGAUGAUACUUUUAGGGUCACUCCUCUAACUGCAGAAGCAGCAACAAGGACUACAUUGAUUUUAUAAUUUACCUUAAACGUAGCAGCAGUUAAUAAUGAUGAAAUAUGGAUAGUAUUCUUAACUUAUGAUGGAAUAUUCAAUGUUUUCCCUGUAGAUUUAGGUCUUAAAUAUGAUUCAAAUAAUUAAAUUUAAUGCAGUUACACAAUUACAAAUACUUAUUAAGAUCCUAAUUCUUCAUAGAACUGUUUAAUAUAAUUAGGUACAGCUAAUUAGAUUCAAUCUCCUGUUGUAAUUAGAAUUCCACUCCCAAGUGGAGCACUUAUCAAUUCUUAAAUUACAAUUAUCAUACCUUAUGUUAUGAAUCCAAGCACAGUUGGAUAGACUGCUGGACUUAAAGUAUAGCUAAGGAAUAAAUGUAGUGACCAUGGUCCUUUGCUCUGUAUAAAAUACCAUGCUGAACAUAGUUAUUUUAUUUUAUCACCCUCUACAAUUACAUAAGGAACUUGUACUUUUACAUCUAUUUCUUAAAUAGUAAGCUAAGUCCCAGAUUAUACACUAACUCCUCCUGCUCCUUUACAUAAAAUCUCAACACCUACCCCAGUUGCAACAUCUUUACCAAUUGGAACUUAUGUUACUAUUAUAUAUCCUAAAAAUCAUGUUUAAGAUAAUCCAGUGUGCACAUUCUAAUAAGGCAUUUGCAUAUAUUACACAUCUUAUAAUAUGGUAUUGCUCAAGAUUUUAAACACUCCUUUCUCAUUGUCAAAUCCGUUUUAAGUUUUUGGACUUUAGAAUGGUAUUUUCAGAUGGACAACAGCUACCUAGAGUAUAAUGAACGUAGUUAUCUACUAGAAUAGCAAAAUUAAUUUGAUUUAUUAAUGUAAUAUGAAUGAAUACGACUAUUAUUAACCUAUUAUUCCAUCAUCUAGUCCAAGUAUUUGCGGAACAUUUACUAAUACUUAAACCAUUAACCCAUCAUAUUUCCUAAGAGAAGGAUAUACUAAUACAGCUAAAUUAUAUGUUUAUGGAAUGUACUAUAAUAGGCAUGUUAACAUUUAUAGAAUACAAAAACCAAUAACUGUCUAAAGCUUUGUACCUGGAUAUUGUACUGCUAGUUUCUAAAUUACAGAUAUAACAACAAUUCCCCCAACAGUUAACAAUAUUCCAUAUGACUGUGACGUCUACUCAGAGUUUAUAAUUGUAACAAAAUUGGACUCAAUAUAAUAUAACGAAGCAAAAUAUAAUUUUAAAGGGGCAUACUUAACUGUUUUCUUAAAAUUUAUAAUAGAUUAAAAUCUUCCUACAGUUGAUAUACAUUCUUAAAUAGUUGUUUACAGUUGUGUUGAUAACUGUUUUGAUCCUAAUAACUAAACGAAUUUAUUUGAUUUCAUGCAUGUAGGAAAAUGUCUAAUAGAUUGGGUUAUAUCAUAUCUACCCUAGCCUAACCUAGCUACAGCUGGAUUCUAUACAUAACCUUAUUAUCUAAGAUAAGCAAAAAUUAAUCAAUAAGUAGAGUUUUAAAUGUUAAUCAGACCACGUACUUUACCAGCUGAUUAUGUUAUAGAUACUUUUAUAUUUACUAUACCAAAUGAUUUCUUAAUUCCGCCCUUGCAAAUCUUUGAUAAUUGUUCAAUAUAAGGAACUAUUAAUUUAUCAAUACAAUCUUGUACAUUAUAAAGAAGAAAUGGCAGUAAUAGACUCACAUUAAUUCCCUCAACGGUUUAUGAUAACUCUGUAAAAAUCAUUAAGCUUUCUAACUAGAAUACCAAUAUGCUUUUCACUGCUCCUCCAUAUCCAGGCUAAUAUUAUUUAAUGGGUUUAGAAAUGUAUUCUAAUGGCUAACUUGUAGAAACACAAUAUAUGAAUAUCACAUAAGUUAUAGGAACAACUUUUUAUUAGCCUCAAGUUUUAAAUUUCUUUAACAUAAUAAAUCCCCUUAACUAACUAUAAAAUGAGAUUUUCCACUUUGUUUUCACUUUAAAUGAUUAAGUUCUUCCUAUUGGUUAUUUAAGGCAAAAUUCGACUUCUACAAAUAACAUAUAUUCUAAUAUUGUAAUAUACUUUGAGUUUAUUGGAGGUGGUUGGAAUAUUCACUAAGGUUAUUUAUUUGAUCUCGGUACUGGGCUUCCUGAUGGUGCAAAGCUAGGGUGUGCUUCUAAAGAAUUGAAGGUUUUAUCAGGAAAUUAAUUGACCUGCAUUUUAAAUCAUGGAACUAGCCCAGAAAAUAUGCCAAAUAUUGUAAUUAGCGGAUACGAAGCUUUUUCAAAUCUAUUAACUCCGAUUAAUAUAUACAUAACUAACUUAUAGUCUUUAUCAUAAGGAUAGCUAAUGACAAUCAAAGUAGGUAUAUAAACUCUCUAUCCUAAUAAUGGGUGUUCAGGAUUCUUAUAUAUUUUAAAUGCUUUUAUACCUCCAGCUACUAUUAGUACUACUGCUUUAACACCUGAAAAUAUGAGUAUUACAGUAAGCACCAAUCCUGUAGUAUACAGCACUACUUCAUAUACAUUUACGAUUACUAUUUCUUCUUCAUAUCCAGGAAAUCCAAAAAUCAAUACAAACGAUUUAAUAGGCUUAAAAUUCCCAAAAAAUUUUAUAGGAAAAUACUAACCAAUAUUAAAUAAUGAUGCCAAUGUUUUUGUUUUCCCUGAAUCUGAUAGUAUUUAUAUUAAAGUUUUAGUUCCAAAUCCUCUCACAACCUUAACAUUUACACUGAAUAAUAUUAAUAAUCCUGAUUUUUAAAUGUAAACUCCUGGAGGAUACAGUAUCGAUGGAGUCAUUUUAGAUUAAAAUCAUCAGAUUAAAUACAAGAUGAAUGGAAAAUUACCAAAUACUUUUAUCAUUUAGCCUUUUUCAAAUAUCCCUUUUAUAAAGGUUGAUGCAAUUAAUUCAAUUUCUGGAGGAGACACUAAUGUUACUUAUAAAUUCACAUUUAUAACAGGCCACUAUAUACCACCAAACGGAUCAAUUAGCUUUUUCUUCCCUGAAGGAGCCUAUGAGAAUGUAAAAUCAAUGUGGACAGGAUGUGAUUUAUCAGGUGGAGAUUUUGAUAGCAUUUCUAAUAAAUCCUUUUGUACAGUUUAAAUCGACAAUAGAUUAGAUAUUAUUUUAGUAAAUACUCUUUUAUCCCAAAUAUAAUAAUACUCAGUAACGAUUUAUGGCAUAACUAAUCCAAAUAUUUAAAAUAUAAUUCUGUAUAACUUUUUGAUGCAAACAUUUUAUACUAAUUAACCUUCGUUACAGUAAGUAAUUGGAAGUGCUAGCUUUAAAAUGCCUUUUCUUUUAUAUCUCUAACCGUUCACAUGCAAUUUGUCUGUAAAUUCUUAGUACAGGUAGAUUUCAGUUUCAUCGAUCUAUAAAUUUACUUUUAUAUGUGAUGGUGUAGUGAGAUUCAAUAGUAAUUUAUGGAUCACUCUCCCUUAUGAAUAUGGCAUUGUACAAAAUUUAGGAAAUCACUAAUGUAGUAGCUUAGAUUCAAAUACUUUAUACAAAUAAUCAUGUUCAGUCUAAAAUAUUAAUGGAAAAAUUAUUUUAAAUGUUUAACUAAAGUAAAUUUUAAUAAAAACUGAAUUUUCUAUUUUGAUUACCUUAACAAAUCCUUCAACUGUGAACAGUCUUUAUAUGUUUACAGCAGCUUUCUACAAAGAUUAAUUUUAAUAUGCAUACACAUUUAACUAAAUUACUUUGAAGAACAUUUAUGUUGAUAUAAUUAGUGAUAAGAAUGUGAUUUGGGCUCAAAAAUAUUAAACUAAUACUUAAAUAGCUAUACAAAAUUAUCCUUUCAGUUCUGGAGAGCCUGCUACUUACAUAUUUAUGAUACCUUAACUCAAGUUUAAUAAAAAUGUACAAUCAACAUAGAUUUUCUUCCCAAAUUCUUUCUCAUCAAAAAUUGGAAAUAAUUUAGAGUGUUCCUUACUUUAAUCAGGUACUUUAGGUCUUACUUUUGAUAUGGAAUCUUUACUUUACAUGAGAACAAACACCACUUCAACACAAACUCCAAUUCCUAAUUACUAUCAAAUAUAAUGUUCAAUAAGUUUAAAUUACGUAUUAGAAAUAUAAGGGUUAAAUGCAUAUUUACAAGAUCAGACCUUUAGAUACAAUUACGUACUUAUAAGAAAUAUAUUUAAUCCAGGAGAUAAUUCAUAAACUAACUUCAAAAUAAUUCACAGUACUUAAGGUGAUAUGAUAUGGGUAUUUAAUGACAAUCUUUAAUACAAAAUAAAGAACUCACCCAAUAUUCUAGAUGUCAUAUUAGUUUCUGCAUUAAAUAAAUCCCUAAAAGACCUAAGUGUAUAUACUUUCUAAUUGAAUUUAAGAAGUAAAGCAAGAUUGUUAUAAACCUCACUAGAAAGCGGUGAAGAAGAAUACUUAAAUGAAUCAAACAAUUAAUCAAACUAAAGAAUCUUAGAUACUGGAGUUUCUAAUUUUGGAAUAUAAAUAUAAAUUCCAGAUUAAUAUGAUGUAUUCCAAUAACGAAACUCAAUUAGUUGUUAUCAAACAAAUUAAAGUAGUAAAACUAGUCCUUGCUAAAUUUACAAGGAGUAUAUUUUUAUAAAAGACACAAGAUUAACAAUUAAUUCUUUAUCAAGCUAAUUUUCCAUUUAGUAUUUAACUAAUCCAUAAAUAUCAAAUCCAUGCAGCUAAUCUUCUUAAGUUACCAAUAAAUACUUCUAGUUCAAGAUUAUAGAUUUGAUUCAAAAUACUGUCAUUCAUUCUUCUAAAUAGGAAGAUUAAAGUGUUUGCCUUUAGUUUGUAAAAAAUAAAUUUGACAUAUCUUUCUCUGGGCCUUCUAACCUUUUAAGAGGCUUGAUAUAUACCUUUAAUGUGACCAUUGAAAUGCCCGCAAACUGUAUUUCUUUAGAACCAUUCGUAGAAGAUAAAAACAUAGUUUUCAACCCUACAUUAAUAACCUUUGAAAACUUUGAUCAACAAACAACUAAGCAAUUAUAAGUAUAAGUUUUAUAUGGGGCAUCUUUAGGAAAUCAUACAAUUUAGUUUAAUAAAAUAGAAUAUACUAGAAUAAGCUCAACUCAAAUAUCUAAAAACUCAUAGGAUUUAUACAUAUCUCCUCCAUUAAUUUAAAUUCUUGUACAAAAUCUAAAUCCUAGAAAAUAAAUGGUACCCUCUAUCAUAAUUGAUGAUUUUAUUGAAUAUGGAUUUACUUAUUCAGAAUUCUUAGUUCUAGCAAAAGUAACUAAACAAACAUCUGAAUAAUUUAUGUUUGGAGUCUAAUUUGAUUAAGCUUUUAAAGAUGUAAUAAGUAUAUAACCAGACUCUAUUUUAAUAGACUAAAAUGUAAAGAGAUUUAAUUUUACUAUUACUUAUCUUGCUAAAGUACUUGCAAAACCUAUAGUUUUAAAUUUCACACUAAGUUCAUAUUAAUAACAAUUUAUUUACACUGUAACCCCUCCUUACAAAUACUUGGUUUUCACAAUCAGUAAAAUUCAUAAACCGCUUAAUGUAAUAAGGCUUUUAUGUCAGAGUAAUUUGCCUGAUCCAAAUUUAUAUUCAUCUGACUUAGGGAAGACUAUUUAUAAUCCUUAUGUAAACGAUCCAUCACUACUUCCUUUAAAUUAAAAGAUUCUGUUACCUGAAAUUUUAAAUGUAAUUUAACUUGAUAUCUCUAACUAUGAUACCACUCUAAAGAUAGUUGCAAGCACUUCUUCAUAUAUCUACUAUAUUCUAACUCUUUAAAAUUCACAAAAACCUUUACCUUAAGUUGUAAGAGAUGGAAUUUUUUUAAAAAAUUAACAGUUAGCAUACUCUGUUGUUAUGACAAAUAGAAAUGCAGGUAAUAAUAUAGAUUACUUAGCUAAUAUUACACUCUCAGGACUAAAGCCAGAUUUUAGCUAUUCUGUUUUCUUAGUUUGUGAAAAUGCUUUUGGUUUAUCACAGUAAGUUUAUUAAUAUAACUUUUAGACAAUGAAGGCAUAGCUAGGAGCAGUUAUUAGAUUUACUCUUUCCUCUCAAGUGCAGCAAAGCAUAUUAAUAUAAUAACUAUCUUAAGCAUUAAGAGUCUAAUCUAAUUAAAUAUAAAUUCUAACAAGCUAAGAUAUAAUAAAUGCAUAAAUUUCUAGAAACAAGUAUAUAACAUAUGAAGUAGUAAUAGCUCCUAAUACUUAAACAAUAUAAAAAAUGUACAACUAUAUUGCAUCAUAUAUAGAUAGCUCAGAUUUGUUUAAUCAAAUGAUGUCAAGCUUUUUGUCUUAAAUAGUUUUAUUAUAAGAUUAUCCAAUUAAAUAUUAUAGCUAUGAUGUGUAAGGACCAAAGUUUGCAGGAAAUCCCGUAAUUGAUACAAUAGGCUUUUAUAACGCUGUAAUUUUAGUUUAGAUGUUUGAUAAUUCAUAUGUUUAUGCAUAAGUUGUAGAGAAAUCUGUAAAUAAAUAUAACGUUCAAAUAAAUGGAAUGAAUUCGAAUAGUUAAGUUAAUUCUACUAUAGAUUAUGUUUUUGAACCUUUGAUUUCUUAGUAAAUAAUUUUAGGAGUAGAUUAACAGAAUAAUUAAAUAAAUAAAAACUGGUAAGUUAAAGUUUUAACAGAUCCAAAAACUAACAUUGCCAAGAUUUAGCUUGAUGAUCUUAAAGAUGGUGCUAACUAUGAUGUUUAUAUUACCGCUACUAAUAUAAUGGCUUACAACGAUCAGUCCCUUUUCAAAAAACUACCAGAUUCUGAAAUUAAAAAGAUAUCAUUCACAACUCUUUUCAAUUACAACACUGACUAUUGCUAAAUGCUGAGAGAUGUUAAUAAAGUCAAUCAAUCUCUGGCAUUGGCUAUACUUAGACAAAUUCAAAGAAAUCCAAAUGAACAAGUAUGUAUCAAAAUAUUCCUUAAUGAUACAAAUACAAUUAAUUGA